AUGUCGGGGCAAACGCUCACGGAUCGCAUUGCCGCUGCGCAAUACCAGCUAACGGGAUCAGAUAUGGCCCGAGCUGUCUGCAAAGCCACCACUCAUGAAGUGAUGGCGCCCAAGAAGAAGCACCUGGAAUACCUGGUGUCAGCCACCAAUACCACCAACGUGAACAUCCCUCAGAUGGCUGACACGCUGUUUGAGCGGGCUACCAAUGCCAGCUGGGUGGUUGUCUUCAAGGCCCUUGUCACCACUCAUCACAUGUGUGUCCAUGGCAAUGAGAGGUUUAUUCAGUACUUGGCUUCCAGGACCUCCCUGUUCAACCUCAGCAAUUUCAUUGACAAAACCGGCUCUCACGGGUAUGACAUGUCUACAUUCAUCAGACGGUAUGGACGGUACCUGAAUGAGAAAGCUUUUGCCUACCGCCAGAUGGCUUUUGACUUCACCAGAGUCAAGAAGGGUGCUGAGGGUGUGAUGAGGACCAUGACCACUGAGAAGCUGUUGAAAGGCAUGCCUGUUCUGCAGACUGAGAUUGACACACUCCUGGAGUUUGAUGUUCAUCCCAAGGAGCUGAACAAUGGGAUUAUCAAUGCUGCAUUCUUGCUUCUCUUCAAGGACCUGGUCAAACUGUUUGCAUCCUACAAUGACGGAAUCAUCAACCUAUUAGAGAAAUACUUCAAGAUGAAGAAGAGUGAUUGUAAGGAGGCCUUGGAGAUCUACAAGAGGUUCCUGACCAGGGUGACAAAGAUUGGGGAAUUCAUGAAGCUGGCUGAAACAGUUGGAGUUGACAAAAACGACAUUCCUGACAUCAACUAUGCCCCCAGCAGUAUCCUGGAGUCUCUGGAAACACACAUGAACGGUUUGGAGGAUGUAAAGACUGGAAAGAAGGGUGAAGGGUCACCAACAAAGGGGUCUCCAACAAACAACGUGUCUCCAACAUCAACUCCAGCCAAAUCUUCAAAUGCUGUUCCCACACUGCAGCCUCCUCCUGGGGAGAAUGCUGCUGCUGCUGCAGCUGCUCCAGAGCCAGCAGAAGAUUCUUUGUUGGACCUGGAUCCACUCUCCUCCUCAGGUCCCUCAGUAACAUCAGCUGCCCCCACAUCUUGGGGAGACCUUCUUGGAUCAGAAAUGGGCGAUUCCAUGCUAUCCGAACCCACCCUCGCGGCAGAGCCCGCCCCCUCCUCUGCAGCAGCUACACCCACUCCUUCAGCGGCAGAGCCUGGAGUCUCUCUAGCUCCUCCCACUAGCACAGCAGCCGCCACCUCCCCUGGCGCCACCAAUAUGGAUCUGUUGGGAGAUGCCUUUGCAACACCUGUUCCUGCCACUGAGGCCUCUGCAGCAGCAACUGAAGGAGGGGCGGCCGCUGCGUCUGCCCCAACCACUAACACUGGAGCUGAGUCCACAGGAGGAGAGGCCCCAGCUGCUGCUGCUGCUGCCGCCCCAGCUGCUCCUGGCGCAGAGCUCAUGUCAGUAUUUGAUGGACUAGGGGAUGUAAUGAAGCCCACUCUGACCCCUCAGGCAGGUGAUGUUGACACCUCCAUGGCUAACAUGGCGAGUAAUCUUACAAUGGGAACCUCAGCGGCAGCACAGGUAGCUCCCCCCAGUUGGGGUGCUCCCAUGCCCGGGGCACCAGGCGUUGGAGCUCCCAUGAUGCCCAUGGUUAGGCCAGGCUUCCCUGCCACCGGAGCGACCCCUGGAGCACCGAUGUCUCCUGGAAUGGCCCAGAGCCCCAGAAAGCCUCCACCACCCAGGAACGCUCUGGAUGACCUUAACAUUAAGGACUUCAUGUAG